AUGUCCGGCUACAACGACUACAACAACCAGCAGGGCUACCAGCAACAAGGCUACGGCCAACAACAAGGCUACGGCCAGCAGCAGGGCGGUUACAACCAGCAGCAAGGUUACGACCAGCAGCAGCAAGGUUAUAACCAAGGCCACAACGACCAGUACAACCAAGGUUACAACCAGGGACAACCUCAGCAGGGCUACGGCCAGCAGCAGCAUGGCGGCUAUGACCAGAGCGGCUACAACCAACAGUCACACCAGCAACAGCAGGGCUAUGACUCCAACUGGCAAGGUCAGCAGCAGGGCCACGGCCAACCAGGAGACCAAGGUGCUCCAGGCGGUGCCCAAGAAGGCGAGCGUGGAAUCGGAGGUGCCCUAGCCGGUGGUGUUUCCGGUGGAUUCCUCGGCAGCAAAGCCAACCACGGUAUCCUCGGAGCCAUCGGAGGAGCCAUCGCUGGCCACUUUGCUGAGGAGAAACUCAAGAAACACGGAAGCGGCCACGGCAGCCAGGGCGGCUCCAUGUUUGGCGGAAAGCAUUAA